CCGCCCGUCCCGUCCCAUCCUGCUUUCUUCCUGGUUUUGUCUACACCUGUAUACACCGGCCACCGCCACCACCAGCUCCCGCGGCGCUCCAUAUCAACCUCAGCCAGCGCCCGCUACCAGUCGCGCCCAGUUCAAAACACCACCUUUAUAUUCUCACCACGCCGUUUGAGCCUAUCCAUCUCCAAGUCCAACUGCCGCGGAAUCCGAAAGAAUCCAUGGCCAUGCUCGUGCUGGCGCUGCUGCCCCUGCUCGCCACGUCGGCGUCCGCGGCGGGCGGCUGCGCGGCCGAGGCGUCAUUGUCGUCGCCCAACGGAAACGCCUACGCGGCCUGCAGCGACCUGCCCCGCCUGGGCGCGACGGUGCACUGGACCUACGACGGCGCCGCGGGGUCCCUCUCCGUCGCGUUCGUCGCCGCGCCGGCCGCCCCGGGCGGGUGGGUGGCGUGGGGGCUCAACCCGUUCGGCGAAGGCAUGGCCGGGGCGCAGGCGCUCCUCGCCGCGCCUUCUUCCUCGUCCGGCGCGUGGGCCGUCCGGACGUACAACAUCUCCGGGUACGCGCUCGGCGCGCCGGGGCCCAUCGCGUUCCCCGCGACCGGCCUCGCCGCGGAGCUCGGCGCCGACGGCCGCGUCAGGGUCUCCGGGACGCUGAGCGUGGGCCAGGGCGCGGCCGUUCUGAACCAGGUGUGGCAGGUCGGGUCCGCGGUCUCCGGGGACGGCAUUCCCGCGCCGCACGCCAUGGGCGGCGACAACCUCGCCGCCAAGGCGAAGCUGGAUCUGGUCAGGCAGACCACCAGCUCCUCCGACUCCGGCGGCAGCGGCCUCGCCAGGGAGCGCAAUAUCCAUGGUAUCCUCAACGCCGUGAGCUGGGGCCUGCUGCUGCCCAUGGGAGCCAUCUUCGCGAGGUACCUCAAGACGUUCAGGUCGGCGGACCCCGCGUGGUUCUACCUCCACGUGACCUGCCAGAUCAUCGGGUACGGCGUCGGGGUCGCCGGCUGGGCCACCGGCAUCAACCUCGGCAACGCGUCCAACGGCGUCACCUACGGUCUCCACCGCAGCAUCGGCAUCGCCGCCUUCGCCCUCGCCACCCUACAAGUAUUUGCGCUGUUCCUGAGGCCGAGGAAGGAUCACAAGUGCCGCGUGUACUGGAACGCGUACCACCACGCGGUGGGCUACGCCGUCAUCAUCCUCGGGAUCUUCAACGUCUUCAAGGGCAUGGCCAUCCUGGGCGUGGAGCAGCGGUGGAGGACAGCCUACGUCGCGGCCGUCUGGGUGCUCGGCGCGGUGGCGGUGACGCUGGAGGCGGUCACGUGGAGCGUGGUCAUCAGGCGCCGCGAGGCCGAGCAGCACGGCAAGACCUUCGACGGCGCCGCCUAACCCAAUGGCCGCCCGCCGCACACCGUGUAGUAGCUAGCUUUGAGAUUAUAUAUACGUACGUACUGAGAUCUGGCAUUUGUUCAUCCAUUCUUGCUGUGUGCGGUAGAGCUGGUGGAUCUUGUGGUUUUGGCGCGUGCCCCUAUUUUUGUACCGCACAUAUAUAUGCGUACGUAAAUUAUGGGACUGGUUAUAUAUAAAAAGUUGCCUUAAAAUA